UACCCUGCUGCACAAAGACCAGUCGCAGUCUCCUCCACGCUGUGAGUGCGCAGCGCCUGCACAGAUCGCUCCAAUUUGGACCUUAAGCCUUACAUUGCAUGAACCUGCAAACCUUUACUGCUGUUUUCUCGGCCGUGAACGACCCUCGGUGUUCCGCUGUGGCUGUUUUACAGCAGAUACUCCGACCCCGAAAACCAUCGGGACCAGUGAAGAGAGAAGCUGCGGGAGUGGUCUGGAAACUUUUGCCAUCAUGAGCACGCGAACGGUCAACCUUGAUACCUACAGCUUGUCGCUGCUUACUGCCAAAGAGGACAUCCUCAACCCCCGUUCCUCCACAAACUGGGCAAUAUUCGCAUAUGAUGGAAUUACCAACAAGCUCAAACUGGCUGACUCAGGAGCGGGUGGUGUGGCAGAGCUGGCAGGGAAGUUUCACAUCUCCAAGCCUCAAUAUGGACUGUGCAAAGUGGGAAGUAUGGAGACAGGAGCCCCCCGGAUUGCUAUGAUCAGCUGGGUCGGCCAACAUGUGGAGGACUACCGAAGGACAGAAUGUGCCAGCCACAUUCCAGCCAUCAAAAACUUCUUCAAGGAAGCACACGUGUUCAUUAGUGCAGAGAAGGUUGAGGAUGUGACAGAGGAGAACAUAAGAAUGGAGCUCAGCAAGGCCCAGGCACAUACUCCUACACAGUGGGUGAGAAGGAGCUCCAGGUCUGCGGACAAGGAGGAAUUAGUGGGUACAAACUACAGAAAAACUAAUGCCGCAAUGGAGAUAAGACUAAUAAACAGAGACUCCUUCUGGGCACGUGCAGAGCGUGAAGAGGAAGAGAGGAAAGAAGAGGAGCGGAGAAGAACAGCAGAGGAGAGACGCCGCCUUGAAAAAGAAAGAGUUUUAAAGGAACGGAGGGAUGCAGAAGAAAGAGAUAGAAAGAUGAACGAAAAGCUACAGAUGAUUGAGGAGCAGAGAAGAAAACAGGCAGAGCAACAAGAAGAACUACGCAGAAAAGAGAAAUCAAGAUGGGAGCAGCAGCAGAGGGAGCAUGAGGAACAUAUGAGGGCUCGUCUUAGAAGGAGUGAAUCCAUAGAGAAAGCAGCAGAGGCAGCAGCAUUAGUGUCCCAACGCUCGAUGAACCCUAGGGAGUUCUUCAGGCAGCUUUCAUCAUCAUCAUCACAAAGUCCCACCAGCCCUGGAUCCUCCCGCUCUGGCAAACCGUUCAGACGAUACCAGCGCAGCCUGACAGACACAGCCUUCAUCUUCUCUAAAGCAGAAGAGAGCACGGCAUCCUCCCCUCGCAGUUCUCCCUUGGUCUCCCCCUUCUCCCGUGCUCCUCCCUCCCCCAUCUACCGUGCCAUGUCUCCCCCCACAAGCCCUGACUUCCGGCCUGUCACCUCUCCACAAAGGCCCAGAGCCCCCAUGUCACCACCCACAUCACCUUUGCGCCCUACCCCUCCAGUCUCAGGCCUGCCAAGUGUGCCACAAACUAACAACCAAGUUCAGGCUGUUGUUGAGCCCAAGCCCCAAUCACCCACAGAACCUUCUGCACCUCCGGCCUCCCCUAGCCUUUUGGCUUCCUUGUCUACCAGUACAGUAAAAAGAAACCCUCCUCAGUCACAUCAAGAGGCCCUACCUGACUCUCCCCCAAAUACCCCAACACAGCCAGAGCACUCAGCUUUCUGCUUCGAGCCAGUUUCAGCUCCACAGGCACCAACAGCUCCUCUUCCAGAGAGACCACAGCCAGACACAGACCUCAACACAGCCACUCAUGUGCACACUGAGCUGGUCUCAGACAUUGGCUACAAAGUACAGGCUGUACUGGUGGAGGAGGAUGAGGAAGAGGAUGUGGAGGAGCACGAGGAAGAUGUGGCUGAAAGACAACCACAGCUGUGUGCUGUCAUCACAGAACCAGUCCAGAUUGAAGCAGAGGAGCAGAAGCGAGAGGAGGAAGAGGAAAAGGAGGAGGAGCAGGAGGAGCAGGAGAAGUACAAAGAGGAACAAGAGGAGGAGGAAAAGGAGGAAGAGCAGGAGGAGCAGGGGGAGCAGAAGGAGCAGGAGAAGGACAAGGAGGAGCAAGAGGAGGAGGAAAAGAAUGAGGAGCAGGAGAAGGACAAGGAGGAGCAAGAGGAGGAGGAAAAGAAUGAGGAGCAGGAAAAGGACAAGGAGGAAAAGAAGGAGGGAUUAAAACAAGAUGCUGAGCCUGCAUCAAUGGAGCAGCCAGUGGAAGUGGUAUGGGAGGAAGAGGAGGCAAAGGAAGAUGGAGAAGAGAAUGACCAAUCAGAAGACAGUCAGGCCCCUGCUGAGUCUGCUGAGGUAUUGGAAAAAGAGGAAGAGUCAACAGUCACAGAUGCCGGACCAAUUUGUCAAGAAAUCAAACAUGAGACUGUCAUCCUGUCAACAAAUGGCAUCACAAAUGGAGAGGACACACAGGAACAGAAUGGCAUAGAGCGAUCUUUGAGUCCAUCUGACACAGAACUCAGCUCACCGGAACUGGCUGUAUGCUACGAUCUUCAUGGCAUGGCAGCGGAGGAUGACGUCAUUGAGGAUAAGGAACAGGAGAUCUCAGAAAAUGGACAAGAGGUUUUAGCUGAGCGGCAAAUGUGUGUCCGAGCUCUGUAUGACUACCAAGCAGAGGACGAAUCUGAGAUCUCCUUUGAACCCGGUGACAUCAUCAGGGACGUGGAAACGGUGGACAAAGCCUGGUGGAGGGGGUGGAGCAAAGAUGGCCGUCAAGGCUUGUUCCCUGCCAAUUAUGUGGAGACCAUAUAGGCAGGCAGACACACACACACACACACACACACACACACCUAUACAAACACACACACA